CCGGUCCUGAGAGUGUCUCCACGGUGGUUGAGUCCUGGAUCCUCAGUGACUCUGAGCUGUGAGGUUGAACAUGUGUCUGCAGGAUGGAGCUUCUACUGGUAUAAAGCUGUUCCUGAUCUAUCACACAAGUCUGGCUCUUACAGCUAUGAGCUGCUGCCUGCUAGCUCCAAAGGGACUGCAGACAACUCCUACAUCAUUCAUGGACAGACACACACAGCAGGAUAUGUGUGCAGAGCUGGAAGAGGAGAGCCACACGUCUACACUCUUUACAGUCAACCUCACUUUGUCUGGUCUGGAGAUCUUCAUCCAUCAGCGUCUCUCUCAGUGAGUCCUGACAGAGUCCAACACUUCACCUCUGACUCGCUCUCACUGACCUGUGAGGGAAACUCUGCUGAGUGGAGAGUCGGCAGCUUUCUGCUUCCUGACUUGCUGUCAUUCUGUUCUGACUGGGGAACAAUGAAUGGAUCAACAUGUCAUGUUCAGAAGAUCCAGUCCAGUAAUGCAGUGUUCUGGUGUGAGUCUGGAUCAGCUUUCAGCAACGCAGUCAACAUCACUGGACACAAUGAUGAUCUGAUCCUGCUGAGUCCUGUCCAUCCUGUGACUGAGGGACAUUCUGUUACUCUUGGCUGCAAGUGGAGGACAGAAAAUCUUCUUUCUAAAGUGUUUUUCUAUCAGAAUGACACAUUAAUCCAAAGUGAGAGCAGAGUGGAGAUGAUCAUCCCUGCAGUGUCAAAGUCACAUGAAGGCUUCUACAAGUGUCAGUCCUCAGGAAAAGAAUCUCCACAGAGCUGGUUGGCAGUAACAUCUACAUCCAGACCUGAAAGAUCCUCAUUUCCUGUGUUGGUUGUUGCUCUAAUUUCUGUAAUGUUGGUCAUUUUUCUAUUCAUGAUCUGGUUUCUCUGCAAAAGAUCAAGAGAUUCACACAUGGAAAGCAGGUCUCACAUUAAUAACCAGAGCACUGCUGCAGACCACAAUGAAGCUCAGCACAGAAAUGACAUCAUUCUUCUUCAUGGUUACUCUAAACUUUGACUGAUCUGGAUUUAUUCCAUACAUUUGACUUCAGAACAAAUGAACUGAACAUGAAAGUUUCAUGUCUUGAUGUCUGAUCUGUAAACUGAUGGAAAACAUUUUGUUCCUAGAAAAGUGUUGAUUGUGUCUUUGUGUGAUUCAUUUUUUAGGUGAAUCUUCUCUGUAUGAAUCAUACAGAGAUCCUGAAGAGAUUCAAAAUGAUCCAGAAGAUGAAAACAAAGGUGAAUCCAGGAAGAUGACAUAUUCUUCAAUCAAGCUUAAAGCCAUCACUAAGAAAAAAAAGAGACAGAAACCAGCAGAGAUGAUAGUUUACUCUGAUGUGAAGACAGGAGCGUCUGCAGGUAAGAUCUGCCUCUACAUGGAAACAUGUUCUCCAUCCAUGCAGGUGUGUCUUUAGAAAUGACAGACUGUCAGCUUCUGGGAUGUUUGCUGUGACAACCAAGAAAA